AUGGUGAGGACUCACCUGAUCUGGAAGACGGACGAGGAACCCGAGAAACCGGACCACACCCACUUCCAAGAACGAAUCAGCUCGUCAAACACCAUCGAGAUAACCCUAUACGGAUCUGAAUCUGUAACCAUCGUGGAGCCACAACCUCUUGGAGUGACUCUCAGAACCAAUUUUGGAGAUCUAUUGGCUGUAAAACGAGUAAAGAGGAGAAUAAUAACUGAAGACAAGGAGAGAACAAAGGGAGCUGGCACCGGCGCUGUGGAAGCCGCCGACCACCGGUCCGAACCACUGAAAAUCGACGACUUGUACUGUAGCGGCGGCUGGACUCCUAGAGAGAAAUUAGAGUUUUUUCCAACUAAGCAAUUCACUUUACGAUUAAUUCACUUAUUUUUUAUUAUUUAA